AAAUACCCAGCAGAGGAACAGUCCAUGAUGAUUUCAGUAAAGUUAACAGUUCUGCUAUAUGUAUUAUCACCAGCUUUCUCUAAAGAUUUACAAGAAGUAACAAUUAGUACACCACUCGGUGGACUUCUCGGUUUACGUCGGAAGUUAUUGAAUGAGACUGUUUAUGAAUUUAAGAACAUACCGUUUGCAAAAGCACCGGUUGAUAAUUUACGGUUCGAGAAACCACAGCCGUAUGGAUCAUGGGAUAAUACCUUAGAUGCAAGACACUUUGGUCCGUCAUGUUAUCAAGACUUGGCCGGAAUGGAAUCCUAUCUGCAAAAUACAAAUAUCUCCGAAGAUUGUCUUUUUCUCAAUAUAUAUAUUCCACAUCACGUUUCGACCGAAAGUAACAAAUCUGUUAUGGUCUGGAUUCACGGCGGUGGUUAUUAUACUGGGCAAGCCCAGUUAUAUGACGCAGCAUAUAUAGCUGUUGCAGGCGAUGUUAUAGUUGUUACUAUUCAAUACCGUUUACAUAUUUUUGGUUUCUUUGCAACCGGCAAUAGUAAAGGAAAUUAUGGAUUAUUGGACCAGAUUUUGGCAAUACAGUGGGUUAAAGAUAAUAUAAAUUCGUAUGGCGGAAACAGUGAAUCUGUUACAAUAUUCGGAGAAUCAGCUGGUGCAUUUAGUGUGGGUUUAUUAUCUAUAAUGCCACAAAAUCAAGGACUUUUUCAAAGGGCUAUAAUGCAGAGUGGAACCGCCCUCUCAGAACUCACCAUGGGAUCAAUAACACGCUAUGCUUCAUCACAGGUAGCAAACAAUGUAGGAUGUUCUCAAUCAGAUCCUGGGAAAAUAACUCAAUGCAUGAAAUAUGUAGAUGCAAACGUUAUAUUAGCAGAGCAAGGAAAACGAUUUUCUUCUAGUCUUAUCCAAAGUACAUUUGCCCCGGUAAUUGAUGGCGAAUUGUUGCCAAUUCAACCAAAACAAUUGUUACUUAAUUCAUCCGCUUCUAGUUUUUUUAAGUCACUGGAUGUCAUCAUUGGAAUAAAUUCAGGAGAGGGUUCGCUUUUGUUAGAUUUUUUCCUAUACGAAGGGGGUCAAAAUCUUUUUCAAUUCAACGCAUCAGAUUAUAUACCAAAACGGAUUCUUUGUGAAGUUCUUGUUCCUGAUCUUGCGAAUGUAAUGUACAAUAAUAACACCGACAUAGCCAUUUCUAUAUGUGAUAAAUACGGUGCAGCAUUAACACGUGACCAACUUAGUAAAGAUAUUCUAAAUUCAUAUUCAGACCUUACGUUUAUGGUCCCAGCAGUCGAAUCACUGCGCCUUCACACAGGUAACGGUAAUGGAAAACAAUUUCAGUAUAUCUUCUCACCACAGUCUACAAUACCUUAUCCAGAGUGGUUUGACGGUUCAGCGCACGCCACUGACCUAAAUUAUUUUUUUUUCCCGGGAACACUUUCCACAGACCAAGAUGGAGAGCUAUCUUUAAAUUUAUUGAGGUACUGGACUAAUUUCGCCAAAACAGGAGAUGUCAAUGGAGUAGACCUACCAAAGUGGGAAGAAUAUGACACAACAAAUGAACAUUACAUCAAUUUAAAUAUCAACAUUACAACUGGUCAACAUAUGUUUGAGGACCGUGUAGACUUCUGGCUGAAUGAAAUCCCCAGAAUAUUAAACCCAUCAUCAUCAACACGCAGGCCAAUAAUACAAACAUCUCCGACUAAUGGCAGUCAUAAAGUAUACAGACAUGAACUGUUAAUAAGUUGCUUUCUCUUGUUGUAUGUUGUGUUGUGUUUCUUUAGAUCGAAUUAACUAGAGUGUUUUACAUAUAUUAAAAUAAUAUUGAUAUUCCGCUGCACUUUAGGAGGUAGUAAUCUGUAAGAAAGUCAGCACCCUUGUUUUAACUAACAUUAACUGUUUUUCGCUUUUUAAAGCUUAACUUAAAUUUAAGCUUUUACGUAAAUGAUUUUCAUUUUUCUUGUGGUCGGAUGUUUUUAAGCCCUUACUUGCUUGGUAUUCUUGGAUGUCUUUGUGAAACUUAGAAUCCAGUUUUUCAUGAGCGGAGUAUUUAUCAUAUCAGUAUAAUAAAACACUGCUCUUUAUGAUUCAUAGUGGUAUUUUCUUAUCUAAAACAUUAAAAUGGUAAAGUUUUAUAUAUAUAGAAAUAACUCAUAUUUUAUUGAUACAACUAAAUUACUAUUUUUGUAUCUGAAUAGAAAAUUCUCAUUUGGGCAGUAUUCGUUCUAAAUCUGUUCAUUGAGAUAAACAAUGCGUUGUCAAACAAAGAUAUUUUGUAAACAAAAUAUAGGAAAUCCUUAAGUCUUUAUUUGAAUUUACAUUUGUAUUAGUUUUGUUUUAGCAAUAUAAAAUUAUGGCCCGUAGAAAAGGUGUUUAUCCAAAAUUGUCAACACGAGAAAGUUAUUUCAUUGAGGGCGCAGCCCGAAGUGAAAAGAUUUUUAAGGGUUGACAAUUUUAGAUAUCAUCUAAGGGGUCAUAAUUGUUUUAUUAUACCGAUCUGUAUAUAUCAGUGGAAGGGCUCUUUGAAUCAUUGAAAAAAACACUUACUAUAUUCUUUAUUAACAAACAUAAGUUGAUGUUUUAACAUUAUACAUUUUUGUCCUAGAAUUUCUUAUAUCAUCAUAUGUACAACAAAGGUAGUAUCUUUUUGUCAAAUAUUGGUGGCCCUGAAAAGGACCGUUUAUAAGAGAUGUCAUCGGCACUAAAUGCAAGUCCAAAGUCUUAUUUCCUCGUUUCUCGAUGGGCUUUCUGUAACGUGAACGCUGCCAUUUUGUUUAUUUACAUCAGUGACGUCAUUUUCAUGGGAAACAACUCGUGUACAAAUAAAGAAACUCAAAAGGUUAUUCGCCGGUGAAUAAUAGGAUAAUAGGAUUAUUCACCGCUGGUGUAAAUUCUAAGGGUUGUUCGUCCUUCCUUGCAAUUAAAUGAAAAUUAACUGAAUUAUUACAUGCCACAUGAUAACGUGCAUCUUCACUAGCCAAAGAUUACGAUCCGAUUACCUCCUCUCCACCCUUGGCGGAUUGAGAUAGAAUUUCGGAGACACAAGGAAGUGAUUUUUAUUGGUUGCAGUCGUAACUGGCUGCAUCCAAUCAUAAAGCACCUAUAACAUGAUCACGUGUAAAUAUAGAAAAUGAAGGUAAACAAUUGCUACGUGCUGAUUGUGCAACAAGUCUUUGCACCCCAAAACAUACGACGAUAUUUAGUGACAAUUUAAAAGUUUUUAAUCAACUAAUAACAAGUUCUUGUGCAUGUGUCUUGCACAAAUGUUGGAAUGUCAACGAAUAUUUUCGUUUCCUGCUUCAACAAGUUUGUAGACUCUAGACGCUACCGUGUUUUCAUCUCCACACUGAAGAGAGUUCAAAUGCUCCCAUUGGUCAAGAAUAAUGUAUUCGAAAUGGGCGUGACGUCAAUCAACCGAUAGAUGGCGCAACAAUUUUAUCACAGAUGUUGGCUUAAUCUGCCAAGGGUGGAGAGGAGGUGAUUGGAUCGUAACCCCUGGCUUGCGAAGAUGGAUAACGUGUUACCCAAUAUAAUUGUUUGUAAUAUAUGCAAGGUAUAAUAAUUACAAGUGAACACAUUUCGUAUUAAUAACAUUAAAAUAUCUGACGAAGGAAACAACCUUAAUUUUUCUAUAACAAUGAAUGGUUGUACAGAAAUAUUUCUAACAUCACUGACAGGCGCUUAGGGCCCUACUAUUUACAGUUUCAAUUCUUUUUAUUAGUAAUCUUUAAAUUUUAAAUUAUUUUAACUGGUCUUAUGUGUUUUUGCUUUCAUUAAUAUGUUAAAAAAAUACGGUUUAUUUUGACUAUGAUUCCUAAAUUCUGAGUUUUAUCGGUAUAAUAUUUUUAAAAAAUUCAUGCUGGAGUUCCCAGAAUUAUUUUGUGAACAAAGAGAUUAAGUUGGAUGAAGUUGGAUUAUGAUAUUUGACUAAUGAAUCAAGGUAAAAACAGGUAAAACUUGAGGAACGAAACAGACCGAAAACGUUUUAUUUUGACUAUAAUUCCUACAUUUUGAAUUUUAUCGGUAAAAUAUUAAAACAUUCAUGCUGGAGUUCCCAGAAUUAUUUUGUGAACAAAGAGAUUAAGUUGGAUUAAGUUGGAUUAUAAUAUUUGACUAAUGAAUCAAGGUAAAAACAGGUAAAACUUGAUGAAUGAAACAGACCGAAAACGUUUUAUAUAUGACUAUAAUUUUUAAUGGUUUCAUAUCAUAUAGUUUUAGCAUAACGUCUAUUAAAUUGAAUACUUAGUAGUACGAAAUUGUCAUUAGAACACAUUCCAAUAGUCCAUUAUUGUUAAACAUACAGAGAUUUCACAAAGUUGUAGUCAAUAGGCAAGAGAUGAGAAGCAACAUCAGAAUACCGAAUCAGAGUGAUUCAAUGUUUCAAGUCAGUUGUAGAGCUCUCGAUAUUUUUUUUGUCUUGGGAACAGGUUUUAAUUUUCCUCAGCUCUGUAUAACAGACGGUACAUGCAUGGGUGGCUUCUUCGAUUUUAAAAACUUUAUCAUACUAAUAUAAAAAAGAAGAUGUGGUAUAAUGGCAAAUGAGACAACUCUCCACAAGAGACCAAAUGACACAGAAAUUAACAACUAUAGGUCACCGUACGGUCUUCAACAAUGAACAAAGCCCAUACCGCAUAGUCAGCUAUAAAAGGCCCCGAAAUGACAAUGUAAAACAAUUCAAACGAGAAAACUAACGGCCCAAUUUAUGUACAAAAAAUGAACGAAAAACAAAUAUGUAACACAUAAACAAACGACAACCACUCAAUUACAGGCUCCUGACUUGGGACAGGCACAUACAAAAUAAAGCUGUUUUGGUGUGUGCCUUGACCACAUUCUACAAUUUGAUGUGCCGCUGCGUGAGUGAUUUCCAAAUGAUUUGGUGUAUUAGGACCUUCUGCUGCAUAAUGUUUCCAUAGGGUUUAUUUGCCUUCCACCUAGUUAUUAGUUAUAUAAUAAGUAAAAGCAAAAGUUAGUAUAUUAGUUACUGCACCAUCAAUGUGUUCAAAAACCAAACAUCUUCAACAGUGUUGGGUGGCAGAAGUGGAAGAACAGCAGCUCUCCGAUCAAGUAGAUCGAUGUUGUCGUUUUCUGUGUAUGCUGUCUGCAAACCACAUGUGUAUGCGUUCCCCAUAUCAAAGCUCAAAUUUACUUGGCUUAUAAAUAAUUACUGCACUUCUCAUAAUUAGAAUACUUAUGAUUUUUAAUGUAUUUGUAAAUGGUCUUUAAAUAUGAAAUUUCCCUUUAAAUGAAUAAAUUUGCGACAAAAGAGACGAUUUGUCAUUCCCUAUUGUUAAAUUUCCUUUUUUAGACGGCAAUGUUCCUUUUGCUUCAUCAUAUGGUGUUUGUAUAUCCCAACUCGUUCGGAUGAGAUUUUAACGAACGUAAUCAAUGCAUCACUGGUAAAUUAUUAAGUCAGGGAAUUCGUUACUAUAAAUUCCUUUAAAUUUUUUUAUAAUUUGGCUGUACCUAUACAAAACAUAUUUAAAAUGGUAUUCUAAAUUUUACGGCAACAUUGUAAUAAAAGCGCGAAAAUCACUAUGUGAUCCGUGUAAACUCAUCGAAUCUUUAAACAAACUUAUUAGUAAAGGCUAUCUUACCAAUGUUGUAAUUAGAUCUUUGAAUAUAGUUUACAUUGGCACAAAUAUCGAUUUUGUCUUCAGCAAAUUGAAACAUAUCUAAAUGUGUAUUCUUUUCAAGCGGGGUGUAUAGAGACACAUCAUUUUUUUCUAUAAAGAAGAUAACUCCUAACUAUCCUACUGCCUGUCGAUACAUUUUUUUUUGGCAUUCCACAAGUCUUCUUUGACUGUCCAUGAUUGUAAAAUACUAAAUCCCUUGGAUGUGUUUUAGUUGAGUUUAGUCUCUGAUGCAUGAUUUUUUUUAUUAUACAUUGUUUUUGGCUUUGAAUUAGCUGCCAGUAAGUGCGAGUUCUCUCAAAUCGUACUUUCCUAGUAAUUUGACCAAUUGAUACUAUUUGUAAUACUUUUUUGUUAUUUAAUGAUUACUCAUUCAGGGAUAUAUAUCGUCUAUAUAUCAGCUUUGAUAAGUGUUUGGUAUUACUAUAAAUUUUCACUUCUUAUUACUAUGAACAAAAAAAUUAUAUAAUUUUGAUAUUUCCCUUCGUCAUUUAAACUGUAUACCUUACCACACAAUUGUUUUCAUUUACCUGUGUAAAUCUUUGUAUAUGGUGGCUUUUUUUUUCAAGGUUAUUGUUGUUAUUUGAAAUUGUAAAACAUUUCACAGCGGUAUACUAAAGUUGCCUUUAUUUAUUCACCCCUUAUUUCUAUUGAUUGUGUAUAAUCAUUGUAUCAAAGAUCAAAUGUAUUUGUUCAGUGUAUGUUCACUAGUGUUAAUACAUGUAUCAACAACAUUGUUUUUUAAAUCUAUGGAUUCUCAGUUUGAUUUGAGGAUUUUGAGACAAUUUUAAAAACUUUUUGGUCUAUUUUAUGUGUUUUCUAUACAAAUGUUCACAUAUUUUGAAAAAAGCCAAUAACUAUUAUUUCAGAAAAUCGAAGGGUUAAUUGCAUUAUAUUUUCGAUUUUCAGUUAACGUGUAACAAGCCGAUGUUGUAUGCAAAAUUUUAACAAAAUAUAUGAUAUAGCCCUUAUACUGUAACUUGACAUUAAUCCUAGGUUAUAGCUAGCUAACCACCCAUUUGUAUGACAGACGAGGUCUUAUAUAUACAAGUUAUUUUAAACAAGUAGUUUUGUUCGAAUUCAACUAUCAAUGAAAAAAAUAUUUAUUAACCGGAAUUUUCAGAGAGGUUUUUAAAUGUUUUAUCAAAUUUGCGAUAAAUCUUGACAUUAAGUUAUAGACCCGUGUCACUGCCUCUUAUAUGAGUACGAUAGUAAAAUAUGUUAUCAUAAAAGUUUCAAAUAUGAUUUAUAACUGUUUAGACCAACCAUCAUCUGAUAGUAUUUAUUAACACAAUUUUACUUGCUAUUGAUGUUAAAUUAUCAACCGGUAUUUCUUUGCUGAUAUAAGCAAAACGUUUUAUAUAGUAUAGAUUAAGUUUACUUGCUUAAUCUUAAGAAAUAUGAUAUAAAAAAUGACCUCUUAAGUUGGCUAGGGAGUAACAUUUUUAUCGUUCCUGGAGAGUUUUGGUAAAUGAUGCGUUAUCUAAUGUUGGUUAAUUGAAAGCAGAUGUAAUUCAGGAAUCUGCUUUGGGGCCUCCAUUUUUUUUCCUAAUAUUCAUAACCGAGAUCACAGAUAAUAUUACUAAAUUCUUUGCCUAAUUGUAUCUUAUGUUACAUCUUUAGGUCACAAAGGUCAAACGGAAUUUAUUUACAGAACAUGAUUAACUCUGACAUGACCCAUUUGAAGAAAUGGUCGGAUAGACGGAUGACCAAAUUUGACCAACAUAAAUCUGUCAUUUUGGUCUUUUAUGUUAGUGAUAUUGACUGUAAUCUAUCGCUUGAGUUUGAACAAACAAUACUUCAUCUAAUAAAUCUUCAUUAACAUUUGGAAAUUAGGUGGAGUAGAGACUGUGAUAAACGUAGUGAUAAAUUAAUCAAGAUGGUUUCAAACAAAUGUAUGUACUUUGGAAACAUGAAUUUAAACUAUAGGAAUUAUUUAGGAUACUAUUUACCUUACCUUUUAGGCCCGUACCAGAAUAUGUAUCAAUGGGACAACAUUGUUUACACGAAUUCUGGUAUAUUCCAUAAGAUUCAACUUGACGCAGCGCAAAUAAUCACAGGGUUUAAACAUUCGCCUGACAUUAUGACGAGUUUCUUUUUAAAAGCUGGGACGAUGCCACUGUUGGCAGAUGUUUUGUCCACGAGGUUUACCUAGCACAGUAGUCAGCACUUCUUUGUUGGGGUGGGAAAAUUAAAAACAGAGAAGUAAAAAACAUUAAUUAUUUAAAAUCAUAAUAAAUCAGGCACAUGACUAUGAAAGGGAACUUGUGACACCUAUAGGCUUAAAUCCUAGUUCAUAUAGUAUAUUACACAUCCAUCCAGUAGGUUAAUCAUGGAUCAUCAUUCUUUUUUUUUUAGCUUGAGCUAGUAAUAUUAUAGAACUCUUUAUAUAUUAACUUUUUAAAAUGCAACAAAAAUACUACGUAGAUAUCGAUAUGUGAACGUUCUUUACACCAAGUUACAAGAAAUUCAUGUAAUGCACGAGUGUGUGCAUCUGUGACAAACUAUUUUUGUCUUUUUUUGCAAAACUUAAUUUUAUGAAAUUAAAGUCUUUAAUAUUUUUA